AUGGCAAAGACCAAAUCCAAGAACAGUAGCAAUAAAAAGUUUGCAUCUAUGAAACGAAUGAUAAGUCUUAAAGAUGCCCGCAUAAAGCACGAACAACGUCAAAAGAAGCCAAAGAAAAUAGACAAAAGUAAAAUUACAAUACGUGAUGCACCCCAAACAUCAUCUGCAUUGUUCUUCACCUACAACACACAGCUUGGACCACCAUAUCGAAUUCUACUAGAUACCAAUUUUAUCCACUUUUCUGUUAAAAAUAAAGUGGACAUCAUUACUGGUCUGAUGGACUGUCUUUAUGCUAAAUGCAUUCCAUAUGUGACUGACUGUGUCAUGGGAGAAUUGGAAAAACUUGGAGUCAAAUACAGAGUAGCUCUCAAAGUGAUAAAAGAUUCUCGAUUUGAACGUCUCACUUGUCUUCACAAAGGAACUUACGCUGACGAUUGUCUUGUACAACACAUUACACAGCACAAAUGUUACAUUGUUGGCACAUGUGAUAAGGACCUUAAACGUCGCAUCCGUAAGAUUCCUGGUGUCCCUAUUAUGUUCUUGCGAAAGAAAGGUUAUUCUAUAGAAAGAAUGCCAGAUGCUUUUGGAGCCCCAAAGGUGUGA